GUAGCUCCUGUUUCUUGCUUUUCCAACGCGAAUUUCAUCAGACACAUCAAAUUUUCGUGCAUAAUCAAACAGGUACAAAUUGCGUUUCUGACCCACUUUCCGUUUCCCACCGUCAGCGAAGCAAAGAACAAAACAAACAAGGAAAUUAACCGACAGUGUAAAAUAAAAACAUAAAUGUGAGUGAAAAUAUGUAUGGGGACAGUCCCAUUGUGAAAUAUUAAAUUCUCUGUGGCGCAUUGCACCGGCGAGUUAUAAAUUGUGACGCAUGCAUGGACAAUGCUCAGUUGGUUUGCGAGCGUAUACGUUCAUACAACGUCAUUUAAGCAAGACAACAAGUCAACAUAAAUUUACACACAACAAGCUGUAUUUAAAUUAUCACGGCAGUAGCAGUAGAAGAACCUUUCGUACGCAAGCAGUUAUGUCUACUUUCGGCGCAGAAUUUGAUGAGGCUUGGCCAAAGCCGGGCGCAGCUAUGAAAUUAACAGAGUUUGGUACAAAAUUAUUGCAAAAGUGUUUAAAGGUUGACAAGCCGGAUGUAAGCCAUAUCGAUGUUAAAAGUUUCAUCAAGAAGUCUUCUAAUUUUCCAGUGGAAUUCGGCACCAACACCUGCCGUGUUAUAAGUCAACCAAAAGAGCGUUAUCCGGAAAUACAGAAACAAAUCGCUUCGGCCUAUCCAAUAAUACAUGAACGUGUGUUGGGCUUGUAUCUGGCAUUCUUGGAACACAAAUGCAAAUAUGGUAAUGCCAUCGAACGCGCCGUCUACAAAGACAUGACACUCACCGCUUUGGUGCAACGUUUACUGGAAAAGCGUUGUGUUGCCUUUGUGGGUGGAUCUGAUAGUUAUUUGUUAUUGAAUGGGCAACAAGGUUGCGGCGGCUUUCAUGAUGUUGGCACAAGCGCUGAACGUGGUUACUUGCGCCUGAAACAUGUGCUGAGCUAUGAUGAAAUAAAACUUUCCGCUUUUCUCUCUGUCACCUCACAUACAGAAUUCCUCAACGAUGGCAAUCGUUACAAUGAAGGCAUUAUCGAAGUGGAUAAAUCACGUAUUGAGCCGACUGGUGUGAUUGUCGGCAUGAUUGGUGGACGCUUUGAGGUAAUAGAUGUUAUGGAGUGGCAGGAUAUAAUGAUAACACCCACGCAAAAUACUAAAGCACGCGGUUAUGGCUACAAUCCGAGCGAGUUGGAGCGACAGACAGGCGAUAAUCGCAUUGUUGACUAUCGUCAGCUCUGGUCAAGUUUCUAUGAGGAGCAAGAUCAACUUUAUGAGAAGGUGUGUCUAUUGGACACGCCACGCUAUUAUAAAGUACCACAAACCGCAUUCAUAUUCGACAAUGUAGUAAUGAAGAAGCGCUAUGCCAUCUCUUUUGAUACGCUGCUACUGGAAGCAAAUGUGCGUGGUGCGCUAGCUGAUAAGCAGGUGUAUCUACAUGUUUUCGGCUUUGGCUUGGGUGUUUGGCGUGUUGUACAACAUCAAUCGAAGAUAUUUUUGCACACUUUUAGCGAACGUCUGCUAGCGUUAGCGCCACGCUUAACACACAUCGGUGUGGUGCAUUUCUCACAUUUCAGAGACAAUGCUUACGGUAUGCUGCAUAAUGGCGCAUUGCUGGCAGCAGAAACACAUCCAAAUGGUGGCAUUAAAAUACUGAUAAAAAAUCGCAAUCCCGCGGAGAAGCUGCCAUCGGAAUUUGAAAAUAUGUUAAUUGUGGAGGCGUAUGCGUGGGAUGGUAACGCUUUGCCAGGCAAUGAAUUUUGGAUGGGCUCACUUAGCGGUUCCGGCGAUCCUGCGGCUGCUUGCAGUACUCUGAUCACUGAACUACACAAUCCGCAUAUAAAUUCAAAAAUGGUGAAUGGUAAAAACCUGCACGUCGCUUCUGAGCGUUAUGGUGUUUUACAUAUAUCGGAUUAUGCAAAAAACAUUUUGGCGUAAAUCAAGCUUAUUCUGUACAGCAAAACUUAAGCUUCUUCAGAAUGUUGCAACAAAUUGUAAAUGCAUGUAGAUGGUUAAUUAUUUAUACGAAAAAUUGCACAUAAAUAUAUUCCAAAUAGAUUUUAAAGCGAUUAAUAUAUAAUUUGUAAGAAAAUGCAUUAAUUGAAAAGAAGGCAAUGAUUCAAAAGUAACGGUAAGUACUGAAACUUUA